CACCCUCUAUUUUUUUUCUGUACCAAUCACUCACAUUGCUUCCCUAGCUAGCUCUGGACAGCUAGAGCUUCUUCUGUCAUGGAAGAACAUAUCAACCUUGAGAGUGCUGCUGCUGCUCAUGACAACUUCCUCAGCUCAUCUUCCACCACCUCUUCCUCUACCUCCUCUUCUUCAACAACUUGCAAGAAUUCAUCAUCAGCUGCCAACCAAAACACAAACACUUCUCCUCUCAAACGCUCAAGAAAAGCUCAAGAUUCCGACAAUGAAAGCGAGCAUGGGAAGCGGACGACGAGCGACGACGACAGCGGCGGCGGCGGCAAGCACCCCACGUACCGCGGCGUGAGAAUGCGUAACUGGGGCAAAUGGGUGUCGGAAAUCCGCGAGCCAAGGAAGAAAUCCAGGAUAUGGCUUGGGACAUACCCUACAGCAGAAAUGGCAGCUCGAGCUCAUGAUGUAGCUGCUCUAGCAAUCAAAGGCCACUCUGCUUACCUGAAUUUCCCCGAAUUGGUCCAAGAGCUCCCCCGGCCGAUCAGCACGGCUCCCAAGGACAUCCAGGCCGCCGCCGCCAAGGCGGCUGCCGCCACAUUUCUAGAGUCCAGACAAUGUGAAGUCGAGCCAGCCGAGCCAAUUCCUGUCUCGGAUGAUACAUCAACCACGCAAGAAUCGACGGGCUUGCGUUCGACCGAUGAUGACGCAUUGUUUGACCUACCGGAUCUUUUUACCGACCGCAGACUUUGCUCCUAUUCAUCGUCGACAUGGCAGUUGUGCGCGGCCGAUGCCGGUUUCCGGCUUGAAGAGCCAUACUUAUGGGAGUAAAUAUACCAGAGAAUGUAUUUUUCAUCUCAGGAGCUUUUAACCUCAAAGUUCAUGAUCAUCACAGCGGUACGGUCCACCAGUUACUGCAUUCUCUAAACAACAAAAAACCCAAACUGGGAAAAUGUCACAUCUGCAUCCUUUUGAAAAUGGGUUGGUUUCUGUCUCUUCGAUCAAUGCUCGGUCUGGAUUUGCAGAUUUUGGAAAGGGAGUUGUUACAUCUCUUGUUUGCUUGCAUUUGCUCCUCAAAGAAAGAGAAGGGGGCCGGGGGCCUUCGAUCUUUACCCUACUGUAAUAUAUCAGCAUUAUACAAAUAAUAAAAUGAGAAAUUUACUCCCCUGUCUAA